AUGGCAGCAACCUACAGGCUUAUGGUCACUUCUGUGAACUGCUAUAGCAGCGUGGUGAUAGACCAGCACUUUCAGCACACUGUGCAUUACUGCACAGGGACUUGCCAAGUGUUUAAGCAAGGAGUUACAUGCAUAGUUGCCCACCACAGUGUCUGCGCAGAGCUCAGUGUCCAAGAUGCCAACCUAGACCAUAAAAUUUCUGUUCCUGAAAAUGGACUGGCCUUGCCUGGAAAUGAGGACUAUCAGCAAAUCCUUCCAAAUAAUCCAAGAAUCAAAAAGGGCUCUUCAGUGCAAGCCUCCAGCAGUUUAAAAGACAUUACUGGUGAGGCAAUAAACCUUGCCAGUGGUAAAAUAAAGGAAUUCUCCUUUGAGAAGCUCAAAAACUCUUCCAGUCAUGUGGCCUACAGAAAGGGAAGGAAAGUUCGAUCAGAAUCAUUCAGCAGACGAUCAUUUGAUUUUGACUUGAUUUAUGGGCACUUCAACAAUGAUGAGAACUGCCCUCCGUGUGGCUUUUUGCAGAGUCCCACACCUGUGGAGAAAUGGCAGGAGAACAAUGAUGCUGCAGAAGUUGCCAUGAAUCCCAUGGUUCCCUUCUCUCCUCAUUCCUUCUCUGAAGAAAAUUUCAUUACUCAGAUUUUGGAAAAACACAAGCUAGAUGGUUCUUCUGGUGGAGAUAUUAAGGUGUGCUUAGACAUCUUGCUCAAGUGCUCAGAGGAUCUGAAAAAGUGCACAGACAUAAUAAAACAUUGCAUCAAAAAGAAGUCUGCAGACAGUGUUAGUGGAGGGAACAGCAAUGAUCCCCUGGCCAAUUCAGAAAUGAUAUAUAUGAAUCUGAUGACAAGAUUUUCUACAUACCUGAAAAAGCUACCCUUUGAGCUCAAGCCACCAGGACACAAGGAAGCUAGUGACUUGGCAGAACUAGUUAACUGUUUUCAUGGCUUGCAGCAAACUCCCUUUCCCCCAGUAUUUGGAGAUGAGCAGCCACCUAGGUAUGAAGAUAUUAUUCAGCUGCCAUCUUCAAGUGCAGUUCCUCUCAGACUACCAGGUGAUCAGUGCGAGGUGACAAGCACCUCUCAGUCCAUCCAAACAAAUACUGCGAGCUUUACCUCAAACUCCCUUCACAGCGUCCCACAGGAGAACAGUGUGAGAGCUGUGAAAGAUGCUUGUGCUCUACCUCAGUUACCAGCCACAAGCCCUUCUGACUGCAUGUCUUCUGCUGAGGCUCUGUAUAUUGAGGAGGAGUCUGAUGGGGAAAGAACGUUAGGGAAAAUAAAGAAGGCAGAGCAGAAAGGGGGCUGGGAGAGAUUAGAGCGCAGCUACCAGCUAGUUGGUUGUUCAGAUCUAACUACCGAUGCUAAAGCAGAAUGUGCCAGAGUGGGAGAUGUAGAGCUCUCCCAUGCUUCUGAGAAAAUUACUCCUUUAAAACUAGCUUCAGAUUCUGUAUUGCAUGGUUCCCAAGCUGGUGUCUCCAAAGGAGAACAGAUGUGCAGUAAGAUAGACAAGGAUGAGAUAGAUAAACUGCUGCUGGACUUGGAGUCCUUCUCACAGAAAAUGGAGAGUACUUUGAGGGAACCCUGUCUAAAGGAGAAUGAACCUGCCCAUUUGCAGGUGUUUGACUGGCAAGGUAGGCAGGUACUACCUCUGGCUCUUGAACCCAAAAGUAAACCCGUUGACCCCACUUCCCCUUUGUCAAAAAUCAUGGAAACCAAUGGUCAUAAAAUGGAAGAGGAUGACAAAGCCCUCUUGUUGCGUAUCCUGGAAAGCAUUGAGGACUUUGCCCAGGAACUGGUGGAAUUCCAGACAGGCAAGGGAAGUUUGUCCAAGGAGAGGGAAGUAAUGCAGAUUCUUCAGGAAACUUUAACAACUCCUUCACAGUCCCUCCUUGCAGGGCAAAAAAGCUGUGCUGGGGCUGCUUCCAGAGACUCUGUUCCAGCUUCAAUUCAGCAGGCUCCAGAAGUUAUUAAGGUUCAAAGUAAACAAGAGAAGAAACCUGGAACUUCAUCCCCAGUCCCUUUGAACUCCGUGGUUAGCCCUUGCACUCUUCUGCCUGUGAAUAAAGCCACCAGCAGUACCCCUUUGUCGAUAAACAUUCCACGUUUCUACUUCCCUAAAGGACUUCCGAAUGUCUGCACUAAUCAUGAAGAAAUCAUUGCCAGGAUUGAAGAAGCCUUUACAGAGUUUGAAGAUGAGAAAGCAAACAUCUGUGAAAUGGGGAAAAUUGCUAAGAUAUGUGGCUGCCCACUCUACUGGAAAGCACCUAUGUUCAAUGCAUCAGGAGGAGAAAGGACAGCAUGUGUGUCUGUACACUCAUUUGUAUCUAUGUGGAGAAAAAUCCUAUGUAACUGCCAUGAUGAUGCAUCCAGAUUUACAUACCUUUUAGCGAAGCCUAGCUGUGACUACCUAGAACAGGAGGACUUCAUCCCACUGCUUCAGGAUGUGGUGGAAACGCAUCCUGGCCUGACGUUCCUGAAGGAUGCUCCUGAGUUCCAUUCCCGGUAUAUUACGACGGUUAUACAGAGAAUAUUCUACACAGUGAAUCGAUCCUGGUCUGGGAAGAUCACUCUAACAGAGCUGAGGAAAAGCAACUUCUUGCAAACUCUUGCUCUCUUGGAAGAAGAGGAUGACAUAAAUCAGAUCACAGAUUAUUUCUCCUACGAGCACUUCUAUGUUAUAUACUGUAAAUUCUGGGAGCUGGACACUGACCAUGAUCUUUACAUCAGCCAGAAGGAUCUGGCUAGGUACAGUGAUCAAGCUUUAUCAAACAGGAUAAUUGAGCGAAUAUUCAGUGGCGCUGUGGUGAGAGGCAACGAAGUUCAAAAGGAAGGCCGCAUGAGUUAUGCCGAUUUUGUGUGGCUCCUGAUUUCAGAGGAAGACAAAAGGAGUGCUACAAGCAUUGAGUACUGGUUUCGGUGCAUGGACCUGGAUGGGGAUGGAGUGCUCUCCAUGUAUGAACUGGAGUACUUUUAUGAGGAGCAGUGUGAGCGGAUGGAAGUGAUGGGCAUAGAACCACUGCCGUUUCAUGACUUACUGUGUCAGAUGCUUGAUCUCGUUAAGCCAGAAAGGGAAGGAAGAGUAACCCUGCGAGACCUGAAGAGGUGCAGAAUGGCUCAUGUAUUCUACAACACCUUCUUUAAUUUAGAGAAAUAUCUGGACAAUGAACAGAGGGAUCCCUUUGCAGUGCAAAAGGACAUUGAAAAUGAUGGCCCUGAACCCUCUGACUGGGACAGAUAUGCUGCUGAAGAGUAUGAGAUUCUUGUGGCUGAGGAGUCUGGGAACGAACAGUUACAAGAAGGGUUUAAAGACUAUGACACAGAUGAAGUCUUAUCUCCCCCUGAAACUGGAGACAAGUCAGACAAACUAGUUAUCUCAGAUCUCUCAGCAUAGACAAAUGGAAGACAUUUAAUUAAUAUCUUUCAAACUGGAUAGCAUUCAGUCCCAAGACACUUAGGGAUUUUUCUUAAAUCCGUCAUUGGAGCAAUGUGCUUUAUUUUGUACACUGUAACUUGAGAACCCUUUUUCUCUUCCUGUGUAAUUGCAAUAAGGUAAUUUCUAUAAAAAGGCUUUUUACAAUGUGUUACCGUGCACACUCAUUAAAAAUGGUGAUUGCACCUUGUUUUGUUUAUAUAUAAAUUCUGUUAUGUGCCCAGAUGUGCAAUAAAUGCCAGCAUCUAAUGAUUAACUGUAACAA